CUCUGGUUCCUAAAGAAAAGGAAAAUAGAAGAAUCACCGAAGACCUAGAGGACAUCCCCCUCCUCCUUCCAGUGAAAUUCUCCCCUCCCCUCCGAUGGCCGGCAGCCCUCGCCCGGUGAGAGACCUCUACGACGUGGAGGAUCUGCUACUUCUGCGGCCCUCCAAGAGGUCCAGGGGGAAGGUGGAGAUCCCUCGCUGCCGUCUCGAGGAGGAGGCGGCCAUCAACGCCGCCAUCAAACUCAAGUCCAUGGUCGACUCGGGAGAUGUCAGUCUGGUCAAUCCGGAUGUACUGGCAUCCAAGCUACGGGCCAAGGACGCCAUCGAAGAAGCGAUCAAGGAGAUGGUUGAGAAACAGAUGGAGUGGUCGUCGCGAGAGACCCAGGAGGUGGAUGCGUGCAUCGCCAUCCUCAAGAACCGGCUCCAGACCCCCGACGCCGACAUCCCCCUUCCAGGCCCGUCGAUGGCGCCCCAGGGCAAGAGGAAAGUGAUCGAUCACUGCAUUUACCCCGAAAGCAAGCAGCACAGGAGGAAGAAGCGAGAGCCUCUGCGGUGCAGUCUCAACGGGCACUCUGGACUAUGAACCUCAAGGCGCACGAGGCUAAGAAGACGGUGCUGGAAGAGUAUGCACCCAAGGUGAAGAAAGCGUUCCAGGAGCUGCUCGCUGAUACACUGCGGGAGCCUUCCUUCAUUGGCGCUGGGGAUGGGUAUGCAGACUACGGGUUCCUCAGCCAUACUGGCCAGCUUCGCUGACAAAUUAAUUAUAGUGCUGUUCCCUAGAUGACAUGGAGUAAAAUUACUGAGUUUCUAGCUAGUAUUGCUCGAAGGUAGGGAGACUGUAGUACCAUUUUGGCAGUCAAACUAUCUAUCUUGAGCCAGGAAGGUUGGGGUUUUACCAUUAGUA